AAAUCUUGCCUGCAGGGCGGACGCCGUUUCGGACUGCGGGGAGAACGAGGCUUUUCUCACGCGUUGGGAAGGUUCGUCAAGACAGAGGCAGGAUCGGUGGAAGGUCCAACAUUAGGAGGUGUCUAUCUGUGCAUACCGAUUUGUGGAAAGGAGAAACUGGCCCCGUGUGGCUUUGGCAGUCAAUGGAGGUAAUCCCAAGGGAACUUGGAUUGAUUGGUGCUGGGUCUAUCCAGGGCUGAGAAGCAGAUAAGGAAACUCCCAUAUUCAGAAUUACGGAUUUCACCAGUGGAAUUCAAAAGGAGAUUUAAAGGUGUUGGUUAUAGCAGUCGUCCCUGGAAGGCACGUCGUGGUGGUGGUGGUUUCCUAGAUCUCAGAAACUUUGGGGAGCAGGAGAUGGCCAACCCUUUGAAACAAGUUUUUAACAAGGAUCGGACCUUCCGGCCUAAACGGAAAUUUGAACCCGGGACACAGCGCUUUGAGCUUCACAAAAAGGCCCAGGCAUCCCUUAAUGCUGGGCUGGAUUUAAAGCUGGCUGUGCAGCUCCCACAUGAUGAGGAACUGAACGAUUGGGUGGCUGUUCAUGUGGUGGACUUUUUCAACCGCAUCAACCUCAUUUAUGGGACAAUAAGUGAUUAUUGCACAGAAAAGUCCUGCCCGGUCAUGUCCGGUGGCCCAAAGUAUGAGUAUCGGUGGCAGGAUGAGAAAUACCGCAAGCCCACUGCCCUUUCUGCGCCUAAAUACAUGAACCUUCUCAUGGAUUGGAUUGAAGUACAGAUCAACAACGAGGAUCUCUUCCCUACAAACGUUGGUACUCCAUUUCCUAAGAACUUCCUCCAACUUGUGAAAAAGAUCCUCUCCCGUCUCUUCCGCGUCUUUGUCCAUGUCUACAUCCACCACUUUGAUCGUAUCGCUCAAAUGGGUUCGGAAGCCCAUGUGAAUACCUGCUACAAGCACUUCUACUAUUUUGUAAAAGAGUUCAAUCUCAUAGACAACAAGGAAUUGGAGCCUCUGAAGGACAUGACUUCGCGGAUGUGUCACUGACGUCUUAGGAAUUUGUCUGCCGUCUUUCAAGCCGAUGCCGUCAGAAAACCUGGCCCUGGAUUGAAGACCAUCCCUGCCCACCAAACAAGAUCUUAUCAUCUGGAGGGACUUUAAUUUUUAUACACCUCUGUUUUUUGUUUUUUAAAAAAAGAGCUUUCCCAAGCUCUUGUAAUGAAAUGUUUUGUAAAAUCACUCUGAUUGUUGGAUGAUUGAAGUAUGUACGUUCGUUUAAAAAAGAAAAGAACCACCGUUAAAUGUAAGGCAUCCUUUAGAUCUCCAUGUCUUUCUUCUCGUGUCACGGGGCCGGGGGGGAGGGGGGGGCUGAUUUGGAAGUGUUGUUUUGAGGUUUUCCGCCAAAACAGAAGUCAACACUUGUGGAAUCAAACAAGCAACCAACUGAAAUGAGGAGAAAUCCACUGACACACAUGUAAAUAGCUUAGGAGUCUGCUUUGGCCGUUAAUUGGAAUCACCCGUGUUGCAAAAAAAA